AUGAGCAGAAAAAAGAGGAAAAACAAGAACAGGAGGAGCUCAGACAGUGAAGAAUAUGAACACGUGCCAUUUGUCUGCCGUUGCCAUUGUAAAUCAUUUAAUCAGAAAAUACAUCUGGAUUCUAAGGAUAGCGAAAAGAAGCAAACAAAUUAUAAUUCUCAUUCAUGUACCUCCUCUAGUGAAGCGCAGGGACAAUGUCAAAACUAUGAAGGAAACGGGAAGGAGAAAGAACAUGAUGUUCCACGCAGAUCAGCAGACAGGAAAAUAACAUCAAGUCCAUCAACACCUCACAAAGCAGAGAAUUUUGUAAAAGUCAUUUUGCAUGAUACAUCUGCAAUGUCGCAGAUGGAUAAAAAUGAAGUCUACUAUGGUACUGAACAUCUAGAUGACAGGGAAGAUCUUACAGCACAAGUCACAUCUGAUUGUCUUCAUCUAAAUUUGGAAAUAAACAAGGGACUAGCACCAAACUGCACAACUUGUGUUGAAAUAACGAAUGGAAAAAGUCUUAAGAAGAGUCAUAGUUAUCAUGAUAGGCAACACCAACAAAGUAAAAACAAUGAUGACCAGGAAUGGGAUUUUCUGGGAGAUUCUAGAAAAGAUACAGACAAUUCAGCACCUAAAAAGAACACUUGUGACAAACCUUUAAUAAAAUUAGAGAUAAUCGGAGAAGGUAUUAAAGUAAGAUAUAAAGCAGUCAGCCAGAAUCUAAUGGUUCACAUAGAAGCUGAUAAAGUACAAAAGAAAGCAGAAGAUGUAUUUGGAAGUGAGUUUUCUCAAACCAAUGACUAUCGAUCAACAGGAGGAUCAUGUAGCUCAUACCCUGUGUCCGAUUUUAGUCUUAAUGAAGUUAAAGAAUUCUGUGAAAAGUAUGGAUGUCCAGAGUGGCAUGUAGAUGUGCCUCCUCCUCCUGCAGAGUUUGCUGAUGAAAAAGGUGUUUUUGUGAAUACAGAAGACAAUGCCUUACUUCUUGAAGAUUCUACAAAAGAACCAUAUUCCACAUCUCCAAUAUCAUCUUCUUGGUCUGAGUUGGAAACUGAGCCAAAACAAUUAAAGGAUGAGUCUUGCCCAGCAGAACUUGCAGCUAAGUUAAGGGAAAAUCACCAUUUUCAGUACUUGAAAAGCUGGAAGCAAUGCACAAAGGAACCAGUUAAGCCAAAUAAAUCCAGUAUUAGCAAAGCUCCAUUUACUUCCUAUCAGGAAAUAAAUUUGGAUUCAUCAAAAUGCUGCCAUUUGAAAAAAAGUGAUUGUCCCUUUGAUGCCAAAGUAGUGAGACGAAAAACAUUUCCAGAAAUGUAUUAUGAUCCAUUUGUCAAGUUCAAUCAUGUAAGGCAAUCUUUUUUGGACAUGGAUGAACAGUCAAACUCAUGUAGGACAAACUCAAUGGCUCAACAAAAUCAAGCUUACAUUCCCAUUGUCCAACCUGGACAACUACAUACUUCUGCAUCAUUUACAAGCUAUGUAAGUAAGGGUAAUGCAAUAACAGACUAUUACUCCAUGCCAUCUGAACAUAAAAAUACCAUUUCACAUGUUGCUCACAUAGAUUCUGUCAACAGCCACUCUGUGGUUCUAUCACCAGCUGAGACCUCGGACAGAACAUUUUUAUAUUCUCCACAGCAAAUAAGUGUUGAAAAUAAAAAUAUGGAUGAUGAUGAUGAUGAUGAUGAGGAGGAUUUAGAGGAUCUACUGAAAAAUGCUGAUGAGCGUGUAGACUAUACUGAAAGUGGCUUUGAUGAAGACAUGUUAGACAGUGAUAAUCAUAAUGAAAUAUUUGAUGUCUCAGAAUUACAAAGCAAAAGCUUUUCAAUCCAAGGGACUCCUUUAUCGCAUAGUGCCUCAAAAGAUUAUAUCCUAGGGAAAAACAGCAAUAGCCGAGUAUCUGUUGAAUGUCUCCAACAGACAUUCCAGUUGGAUUCACAUGCAAAAGAAAAUAGUCAGUCAAAUGCUUCAGAAAUGGAGUGUACAACCAGGAAGAGAAGAGGCUCAGUCGUUACUGUUGUAACAGGAGACCUGGACCAAAGAGUACUAAUCCAAGGUGAAAGUGAUUCAACAGCCUCUAGGUUGCAACGAGAACCUCUUAAAGAGUUUAAAUCUGCUAUGAUAAACAGAGACUCAUUAUUGACACCUGUUUUUGAUGUUGAAGAGACAGAUGUAGAAAACAAAAUACUUAGUUCAUUCGAAGACCAUAGUCCACAGGUGUACAAGGAUAUCUCUUCACAGACAUCUGAGAGGUUUGACCCUUUUUUAUCAGUAGAAGACCAAAGCAACAUGCCUGAUGAUGCAGGUCUGAAAGAAAUAAAUGAGAUGGUGUGUCCUGAGCAGGAGGAAAGCAACAAUACAUCACCAAGAAAUAGCUCAGAUAGUGCAGUCCCCGGGACUUCGUUUGAAUCAAUAUCCCAUCAGAUUUCCAGCAUCCCAAAAUCAGAAUCUGAAAACAAUUCUCUCAAAAAUACUGAAAGAGUAGAAGAAUAUUUGGAGAAAACAGAAAUACCAAAAGAGAUGGUGAAUAAAAAAGAUGCAAAAUCAGAAACAUUCUCCACACACCUGAAACUACCUAGAGAUUUGGUGCUAAAGGAACCAGGAAGCUGCGAAAGUCCACAAGAAGAAGGCUCAGACCGCUGGGCUAAGAAAAGAAAACAGUUUAAAGAAACCAAGAACUGUAAUUCAACUGGAGGAAGCUCCAUUGCCACUAUCAAUGAGGAGUCAGGGAACUCAGAAGAAACUCGUUCAGUGGAUUUAGCAUCACGUACUGACAAUAAGGAUAAAGGAUUAUAUACAGAGAGCUUUCACUCAGCUUCAUGGAUAUUUAGAGGAGAUGACAGCAGCCCGGACAACAGUCCAAGAUGUCUCAGUAAAAGGCCUAGAUCUGUAGCAAUUCGUGAGCGUACUGUGAGAAUUGCAAAAGGUACAGGAGACUACCCCUGGGGAUUUCGGAUUCAAUUUUCUAAGCCUAUCCUGGUUACAGAAGUUGAUACAAACGGUGCAGCUGAAGAAGCUGGACUUCAGGUGGGAGAUAUAGUAACGGCUGUUAAUGGAACUGAUGUCACUAGUAUUCCUCAUUCUGAAGCUGCAUGUUUAGCAAGGCAAGGUCCAGAUGUUUUGACUCUGGUAGUUGGAUCAGACAUUAGCCGAUUUCCCAAUACCCCCCGACCAACAUGCCGUGGCUACCUGCAUAAGCGGACCCACUCAGGAUUGUUGAAAGGAUGGAGGAAGAGGUGGUUUGUUCUCAAGCAUGACGGGAGUCUACACUAUUACAAGCAUAAAAAGGAUGAAGGGAGGUGUCAACCUCUUGAAGUUACAAAGUUAGAAGGCUCUGAAAUUGGUGUUGACACCACUCUGGGGAAACCAUUUGUUUUUAGAUGUGUCCCACAAUCUGGAAGCCGCAUAUUCUACUUUUGUGCAACAUCUAAUCAGGAGAUGAAAAGGUGGCUGGAGGCAAUGGAUAAAGCGGUGCAUCCUCUUAACCAGAACCAUGUGUGGGUUGAUGUGACCAUACACAAUAUCAGCCUUCCACCACUGGCUAUCAAGAACCCUGAGUGUCUGGGCCUUCUACAUCAACUAGACAGAAACAAAGAUUUUUGGAUCCAGCAUUAUUGCAUCUUGAAAGAUGGUUGCUUGUAUUUUUACUCUAGUAUUCGCUCAAAUAGUGCUUUAGGCGGAAUCUACUUGCAAGGAUACACUGUCAGUGAACAGUUGCUGAACACUAGACGCUGCAUAAUUGAACUUAGGCCUCCAUCUGAGGAAUUUAAAACAUUCUACCUGAGCGCAGGAAAUGCAGCUGAAAACAAACGUUGGAUCACAACACUGAAGAUGUCAAUAAACAAGUGGUUACCAUUGCAUCAAGCCAUCCAAGAUUUUAUGAGCCGACCAUUGGAGGAAACCAGAAUGUGAUGACACUAAGCUGCUAUGUAUGAUAAUAACAUUUAGAGCAUCUGAAAGACUUGACUAAAAUGUGCAACAUACUGUGAUGGAACAGCAAAUGUAUAUUGUGUGCCACCAGAUGCAUAUCCAAGGCCUGGCAGCUUCUGCUGGAGCACAGCUGCUGUGUGCACUGCAAGAAUACAAUGUGUAACCACAUGAUGAAGCAGAGCUACUGUGAAUCAAGGACUUCAUGGGUUUAGUCUGAUAGGCUGCAUAGACCCAAAAUGUAAAAGUCUAAAAAUAAACUUUUUGUUAUGUCAAAUGACCU